AUGCCUCGCGUUACCAACGCAACAAUGGCGGCUUCCUCUGCCAGUGUGGAGGGUGUAAUAAGACCACUAGGCAGCUGUUUGACUAAACUAGGGUUUGAAGUGUGCCCUCUAAAGGUAGGCUGGUAUAACUCAGUGUUGCCUCCUUCCUUUCACCUGCCUUACCCAGAUGAUGCCUUGGCCGUGGUGGUGCUCAGCACUCCUGCUAUGUUUGAACAAGCCUUCCUGCCCUUCUUGGAGCACAGCAGCAUUCAGAAGCCAUCCGACCCUGUAGACCAGUGUGUCCGGCACUGUGUCUCCACUGCAGUCUCACAGUGUUUUCCAGAACUGAAGGUGGAUGUGAGGUACGACUACGAGCUGCUGCCAAGCAGGAAGCCAAAGUUCCUGGCGCAGACUGCCGCGCACGUGUCUGGAGCGGCGUUCUACUACCAGCAGUCUGACGUCACAGACCAGCCCUGGGCUGGAAGAAAGAUGUUUGGAGUUUGCAUUCACCCGAGCUUCGGCGGCUGGUUUGCCAUCCGGGCCCUGCUGGUGUUUGAGGAUGUGGCGGUGGGCCCUGAGCUGGUGCAGCCCGAUCCUCCGGACUGCGUUGCUUCCAGAGAAGACAGAAUCAAGCUGCUGGAGGCCUUUAACCUCCACUGGCAGGACUGGAGCUACCGAGACAUCGUCCCUGUGGGACAGACCUACUCAGAGAGACAGAAGGAGUACUUCUCCACUCCCCCGGCUCAGCGCCUCGCCCUGCUCAGGAGUUGGGGUCUUUUGCCAAAAGAAGAGGCCCAACCUGAUCUCAGCCCAUGUGAGCAGAACCAGGCCAACGGACACGGCUGACACCUGGGCCUCCUGAGCCGAAGCCUCUGCUGCUUUCAUUUGUUUUCAUUCAACCCCAGCUGAGUUUGAGUCUGGUGUGUUUUUUGGGGGAGGGUUUUUAAGCUCUUACGUUUCCGUUAAAAGUCAUUUGAAGCUAGAGGAGGACAUUUUUGUGCGAAUGAUUGUAUUAUGAAUGUUUAUUAAUUAAAUGUGCUCAGGUAUUAGAAGACGUUGCGGCUGGUCGACGCACUUUGUUGAAUUUACCCAAGGCAGAUUGAUGAAUGCAUCUGGUUUGGGCAUACAAUGGAAAACCUUUGCAGUUUGAUUAUUGUAUUGAUAAUAAUUUAAAGUUUAACUUAUAGAUAACUUGUCAAUAGUUCAGUGAAUAACAACCUUUUAUAUGCAGUUGCAGCAAUAAACUUGACUCAAGAUGGGUUAUUAACUGGACACACAGCAGCAAAUUUAUGUGCUGCAAUGUCCCAGUCAAAGUCCACAACUCAACCGAAUUGAAAUACUGUGACUGGACCUCGAGCAAGCUGUGCAGAAAUAAAAAUCUCUUAAUUUCCAUAAUUAGAAACUAUUAAAAAAACCUUUUAUUCCAUAAAUAAUGACAGUCUGUGGUUUGCUCCUCGGAGGCUGAUUUAUUUUUGUCACUGUGACCCUGGAUGCCAAAUAUUACUGAAGCAUAAUUUCCCAAGGUAGAUUUUUCUGCUUACGUUUGAUUAUAACUUGAAGAGGAAGGCACAUUCAUGUCAUUACUACUGUUUUUAUUUUGUAUCACAUUACAGCAAGUUUAGAUGAAACAAUGAAGCUUUUUCCCUCUUGAUAUCAAUUCAACCAGAGACGGAAAAAAACCGAUGAGAGAAAUAUGUUUUAAUGUGAUUUGCUAGACAAUGUUUAGCAUGAAUGAACACUUUGGUACUUUUUUUUACUUAUAUUUGCCCAGAUUUCGCAACACUAAACAAUAUAAGAAUACAUUUUUUGACAAAAUCAAAAUCUGCAUCGAAAUUUCUUACAAGCACAAUUUGUCAAAACUGUCUUCUUAUGACAAGAAAAACUGCUGUUUGAUUAGAAAGAAAAAAAGUAAGAAGUCUCCUGCUUCUGUUGAUGUGCAUUGUGUGUACGGCCUCAGGUUCAACUGGCAGCCAGGCUGAUGAAUUAUAGAUGUGGACUCCCUCUGCUCCUCCAGGCCGGCGACAGACUGACGACUUUAAACUGUGACUAACCCCUCUGCUUGUCGGCGGCUCGGCGCCCGGCUGGACCCGGUGUCGGUCCGAGACUCGAACCGAACGGUUUUCACUGCUCUGUUCGCUCCAAUCUGGUUAUUGAAGAGAACUGAGGAGCCCCAAGCUGCACUGUGAUGGGAGGGCGUUCUGCAGCGACAGACGCUUUCAUGCUUGAGCCUCUGAGUGUCAGUGUCCUCUGUUAGCGCAGACCGGGAGUUGGUGCUGCUGUUUCUGAAGCAGCUGGAAAAAUGUUCGAUGUUUGAUGGAGUCCGGGACUGGCUGCAGAUGACGUUAAAGUUUAACACUGCAGACCCA